AUGGCCGGUACUAUAAACAAGCCCAAGAAGCCCAAGAGCAAGCGGCAGCCCGUCCGCCUCCGGCACAAGAUCGAGAAGGCCGCCGCGGCCAAGCAAAAGAAAGACAGAAAGCUCGCAAAGAAGAACCCGGAAUGGCGGUCUAAGCUGAAAAAGGACCCGGGUAUCCCCAACCUAUUCCCCUACAAGGAGAAGCUUCUGCACCAGAUCGAGGAGACCCGUCUCCGGAAACUUGAGGAGACAAAGCGGAGACGAGAGCUCGCCAAGGCUGCCCGGACGGGCAACACGGCCGACGACAACGAGGACGAGAUGGUGGAUGACGAUGUCGAGGGCGACGAGAACGACGACGAGGAUGACGGUGACAUGGAUGUUGAGGACGACGAGCCGGUUGAUGAGUCGAACCCUAUGGCCGCCCUUCUCGCGAGCGCACGCGCCGCCGCCCGCAAGUACAAAAACAAGCGGCGAGAGGACCCUGACUACGAGGAAGGUGAUAGCAUGGACGACGGCGAAGACUUUGGCGACGAGGACGACGAGGACGAGGACGACUUUAGCAAUGGCCACGUCAUUGAGGUGCCCGGCGGUGCCACUUCCCGCAAGGCCUACGACAAGGUCUUCAAGUCCGUUGUUGAGCAGGCUGACGUCGUGCUGUACGUACUGGACGCGCGCGACCCCGAGGGCACGCGUUCGCGCGACGUCGAGCGUGCUGUCCUGGCUGCAGCCGGCGGCGAGGCUGGCAAGCGUCUCAUCCUGAUCCUCAAUAAGGUCGACUUGGUGCCCCCACCCGUGCUGCACGCCUGGCUCACGCACCUGCGUGGCUCGUUCCCGACACUGCCGCUGCGCGCCUCCAGCCCUGCGCCCAACGCGCACACCUUCAAUCACCGCGACAUUUCCGUGCAGAGCACGAGCAGCGCGCUGUUCCGUGCGCUCAAGUCGUUCGCCGCCAACCGUAACCUCAAGCGCUCCAUCUCGGUCGGUGUCAUUGGCUACCCCAACGUCGGCAAGUCGUCCGUCAUCAAUGCUCUGCUGAGCCGUCUCAGCGGCAACAACCGCACGCAGCGCAUGGCCUGCCCCGCUGGCGCCGAGGCAGGUGUCACCACGGCCAUCCGCACCGUCAAGAUCGACAACCACCUGAUGCUGCUCGACUCUCCCGGCAUCGUCUUCCCCUCGUCGUCAACCACGGCUGGCUCCGGUUUUGGCUCGGCCAUCAGCUCCAACGACGCUCCCAAGAACGCCGCCGACGUCCAGGCCAACCUGAUCCUUUUGAAUGCCGUGCCGCCCAAGAUGAUCGAGGACCCCAUCCCGGCCGUCACGCUACUAAUCAAGCGCCUGUCCGAGGCCACCUCGCUUCCCUCGGUGUCAACACCCACUCCCGAUGCCCGACUCAAGAAGCUGACAGACGUCUACGAUCUGCCGCCACUGAUGGCAAGCCGCGACACUGGUGACGUCACAACGGACUUCCUGGUCCAGGUAGCGCGCAAGCGCGGCCGGCUGGGCAAGGGCGGCGUGCCCAACCUGCACGCGGCUGCCAUGACGGUCAUCACAGACUGGCGCGACGGCCGUAUCCAGGGCUGGGUCGACCCGCCGAAGCACUCUGUGGCGGCUGCGGCUACGGCAGCGGCUCCUACGGCGUCGCAGCUUGAUGCCGACAUGGCCGACAGCACUGUGCCGGCAGCGAAGCCGGCGUCUGCUGCGUCCGGCGACCAGAAGACAAUUGUCACCGCCUGGGCAAAAGAGUUCAAGCUUGACGGCCUGUGGGGCGACGACAGCAAUGACACAACUGCCAACAGCGCCGAUGUCGACGCCAUGGAGGCAUAA